AUGUCAACGUAUUCUAUACCCUAUUACAAUCAAAUGAACGGAAAUUACAAUAACGGUAUGCCCCAGCAAACAACUGCAGCCAAUCAACAGGCUUUUCCUCAGCAACAACAACCAACAACAACAGGCAAUGCUAGCCAACAGCAACAGCAAGCAGCUGCUACGGCAGCUGCAGCUGCAGUCCAACAGCCUUAUAACUACAUGUUCUAUCAGCAACAAGGACAACCAGGUCAACAGACUGGACAGACAGCAGGACAACAACAACAACAGCAGCAGCAGCAGCAACAAUAUGAUUACAAUACCUACAACAGAUAUCAGUAUCCUGCCGCAACAUCUCAAGGAAACUAUUACCAACAAACAAUUCCUAAUCAAUUGUCACAGCCACAACCUCAGCAUUACAAUGGAUCUAAUCGUAAUUACACAAGUGCUCCUAGUGGUGCCCCCAUACCUUCCAAUUCUACCAGUGGACCUUCACAACAGCCACCACUACCAGGUCAACAAGCAGUACCUAUCCCACCACAUGUAUCGACAAUGCAACAACCAACUCCUGUUCAGGAUACGUUGAACGCCUCGAGCACUUCCACUGUGGGGCAAUUCCAACCACCAGGAAUCAGACCACGAGUAACAACUACCAUGUGGGAAGAUGAAAAAACUUUGUGCUAUCAAGUUGAUGCCAAUAAUGUGUCGGUUGUCAGAAGAGCAGAUAAUAAUAUGAUUAACGGAACCAAAUUGCUCAAUGUGGCCCAAAUGACACGUGGUAGAAGAGAUGGGAUUUUGAAAUCAGAAAAAGUGAGACACGUUGUGAAAAUCGGAUCAAUGCAUUUGAAAGGAGUCUGGAUUCCAUUUGAAAGAGCAUUGGCCAUGGCUCAACGUGAACAAAUUGUGGAUAUGUUGUAUCCUUUGUUUGUCAGAGAUAUUAAACGAGUGAUUCAAACCGGAGUAACUCCUAAUGCAGCUGCUGCAACGGCCGCCGCCGCUGCCACUGCCACUUCUGCUUCGGCUCCUCCACCUCCACCUCCACCCGUUGCUGCUGCUACUACUACUGCUGCUACUGCUAUUUCCAAAAGUUCUAGCGGUAAUGGGAACAGUAUAUCUGCUACCAGUGGUGGCAGUAAUGUGUCUGGUGCUUCUGGUGCAGGUUCCACCACUAGUCCGGUAAAUACCAAGGCUGCCACUACUGCUGGUACCCCUCAAGGUAAUUAUUAUCAAACUUACAACCAACAGCAGUAUCCUCAACAGUAUGGUCAGUAUAAUGCUCCUGGUAAGAACCAAAAUACACCUGCAUCACAACCAGGUUCUACAACCAAUGAUCAAUAUUUACAACAACAACAACAAAUGUAUGGGUAUCAACUGAAUUAUUACCAGGGUGGUGCUGCUAAUAGUAGUUACUAUCCAAAUUAUUAUCAACAACAACAACCAAAUUAUGCAUCAUCAUAUCCAUACCAACAGCAACAACAAAAGCAACAACAACAACAACCAAAUCAACAACAACAGUCAGAUCAACAACAAACUUCUACACCAAGUGGUGGUGCAGGAACUAGAUCUGUGCACCAAUCACCCCAAGUUCAGUCAUUGACUCAAGGUUCAGUUCACCCUUCACCCCAACAACAUCAAGCUAAUCAAUCAGCUAGCACUGUUGCCAAAGAAGAAAAGUAA